AUGUCACUGACGGAAGAAUUGUUUGGACUACCCGGUCCGUCCUCGGCGGCGGGAAUAAAGAAUGAAAGGGAUGUCCCUGAAGGGAUGCCGUUGUCGUUCGCACCGGCAAAAAAGGCUGCCUUUGAUCUCUUUGCGCUGGCACCGCAGGUUAAAAAGCCCACACGCAAAGAAAAGCAACGUCUUCGUUUACAAAAAACUUUUGCAGACAAAGACGGCACGCAAGGGUCCGAAGGUUCGGAUAGGCAGGAGGCGGGUGGUGAUCCCUUCAAGACGGUGCUCCUUACGGAGGACCUCGGGGUGGGGAAGGCUGCGGAGAAAAAGGGAAUAAAAUCCAAUAAGCACCUGCGGCAUGCACUUCAUGAAAACAAGGAGGAAGAGAGUCGUACGGUCUUUGUUGGGAAUCUUGUGAAUGACGUUAAGCGACGGAUAGUAGAAAAGGUUUUUAAGAAUUGUGGAGCAAUUGAAUGUGUUCGGAUUCGGGCGCAGGCUCUGGAAGGAGGUGGAGAGGAGGGUCGUAGGAAUGAAAAUCGCCAUAAGAGUGUGGGCCGUGCCAUACGUGUCCUGCGUGGGGAAAUUAAGAAAGGUGACCAGUACAGUGCGGUGGCGUAUGUCUUAUUUAAGGAUGAGGGCUCCGUCACGAAGGCUUUGGAAAUGAAUGGUGUUGUUGUAGAUGGACGCCACAUUGUUGUUACCACAAUGGACGCCAAGAGCCGGGAGUACGCCCCGGAAACAUCUGUAUUUAUUGGCAAUAUUGCCUACGAUACAAAUGAGGAAAUGGUGUGGAAUUUUUUUCUGGAGAAGGGGGUGACAGAUGUGAGGCGCGUACGCCUGGUCCGAGACCGUGACACGGGCAGCUGCAAGGGGUUUGGUUACGUUGAGUUCCGUUCGCCUGCCUCCGUGUCGAGGGCCAUUGCCGUCCGUGGCAGUCAUUUGAACGGCCGCGAGAUGCGGAUUGUCCAUGUGCAGAAGUCAAGGGUGGUGAGCGCGACCAAAACAAGCCGGCGAGAGAAGCGGAAGAGGGAGGCGCAGGCAGCCGCCGGCCGUGGCCAGAAUGACGAAAAGAAAACGAAGAAGUUGCGUGCGGAAGAAAAGGGCACCAAGCGACAUGCCAACGCUGAGGGAGAGUUUUCAUGGAUGGGCGUCGUGACAAGCCCACGCAAAAAAAUACCGAAGGAUCUGCGACCGUUAGUGGAGGGAAAACGGGGCCGGCCAGCAUCAGGGCUACGAGCCUCGGUGAGGCGAAAGAUGCGCAACCCGGAGAAGUAA